AAUCACCAUCACGAUGACUUCCGUACCUACGAAUGCUCUUCAUAUUCCACCUUCUGAUGCAGUCUCAACGGUGAGGUUGAUCGAUUCAACGUCAACCAUUCAUAUACCCACUAAGCUGUUUAUGGAACCUGCGAUAAAGGGACAUGAAGACUUAAAUUGUCCUGCAUUCUCGUUUUUGGUCACAAAUAGUACUGGAGAUAGACAUGUCUUGUUUGACUUGGGGAUUCGAACAGAUCACAAGACAAAUUAUCCGAAACAUCUCUCGGAUAGAUUGAGUAAAAUUUGUACAAUUGAAGUGGAAAAAGAUGUUGCUGACAUCUUGGAAGAAUCAAAGGAUGAUUCUUUACCCAAACCAAAAGAUAUUGAAUCGAUCAUUUGGUCACAUCAUCAUUUCGAUCAUACAGGCAAUCCACAAAAGUUUCCAAAGCAUACUUCAUUAGUCGUCGGGCCAGGAUUCAAAAAAGGAAUUUUACCCGGUUAUCCAGCCGAUGCAGAAAGUCCGAUCCCAUCGGAAAUGUGGGAAGAUCGUGAAUUGAUUGAAAUUGAUAUGAAAGAUGCGAAACGGGGAAAUAUAAAAAUUGGUGAUUUCGAUGGCUUUGAUUAUUUUGGCGAUCAGUCGUUCUAUUUACUCUACACUCCAGGUCAUGCUCCCGGUCAUAUUGCUGGCCUUGCUCGUGUUACACCUUCAACAUUUGUCUUUAUGGGCGGUGAUGCUGCUCAUCAUGGUGGAGAAAUUAGACCAAACGAAUUCAGAAGCUUACCAGAAACGGUACAAGUACCAUCCAGCAAGCACUUCAGUCAAACAUCAUGUCCUUGCAGUAUCUUGGAGAACUUACAACCGGAAGACAAGGGGAAAAGCAAACCAUUCUAUGAUCCAACAGAAGGGUUAUGUGAAAAUAAAGAAGACGCACUCUCCACAUUGAGGGGAAUAGGAAAGUUAGACAGCACCGAAGAUGUCUUUAUCAUCUUAGCACAUGAUCGAACGUUGCGAGGUCAUCUACCGCAAUUCCCAAACAAGAUUAAUGAUUGGAAAGAACUCGAUUUAGCGAACAAGUACAGAUGGACAUUCAUCGAUGAUUUCUCACAGGCUAUAGAUGAGCAUGCCAAAUGAAUAAAAUUGUUCGUAUAAAGUGAACUAUGCUACAAAGUUUGUUGGGUAUCCAAAUGUUGUUUUUUCUUUAAGGUAAUAAUUUUGUUUCUCCCGGAACGGCUGCUUCACGAUAAGGUUUAAGGGAAACAGGAAUCGCUCCAGCAUAUCCUACAUCUCCAUGUGCACUUUCCAAUUUUUUCGUUAUUUUUCCAACCAUUUUUGCAAUCCAACGAUCAUUGGCAGCCGCAUUAACGGUAACCUUUUUGACACUUUCACGUAAACCGGUAUUGACUAGAUUCUUGAAAUCUUUCAGGCUUCUCACUUGGGUUUCAGUUACUUCCUCGUAUGCUUUUUCAAAUUCGAUAAUUUUGCUCGCUUUUA